AUCAGUUCAUCACACACACUGAUCGAGUGAUCAUCAGUCACUCGACAUGGCGUCCAAGCACAAAGUGCCAUCGGCUCUUCUCCUUGUGGGAGUGCUGCUACUCUCGAGCGGCUCCACGGGCAGCGCGGCGAGGCGUUUGGAGGAGGCGGCGCCGGCGUCGGCGUCUGAGGAGCACCCCGCGGUGCCGGAGCUGCCAAAGAUCCCCGAACUGCCGCACCCCGUCGUCGUGCCGGAGCUGCCAAAGGUGCCCGAGCUGCCGCACCCAGAGGUGCCGAAGGUGCCCGAGGUGCCGCACCUCACCGUGCCGGAGCUGCCGAAGCCAGAGGUGCCGGAGAUCCCCAAGCCUGAGCUGCCGCACGAGCUGCCGCCAUUGCCCAAGGUCGAGCUGCCACCCAAGCCUGAGUUCCACUUCCCGGAGCCGGAGGCCAAGCCAUGAAGACCCAUGCAGUUCGUAAUUAUCUGAAUCAAAUUCACAGCUGUGUGUAUGCUUGCAUGGUCGUGUAAAGUUCGAUGUUUUCUUUUUUUUCUUUUUUUUUUUGGCGUGUGAUGUUGUUGUUCGUGGUGAGGCGGUUGAUUGUGAGUAGGGAGCGUGAUGUUUCAGACUUCCGAGGUUUCAGUGUUGUAUUCAGAGUUUCGGCCGGAUGAUGGUGUGUAUCAUACAUGUUUUAUGUCUAUAAAUUUUUUUU